CUUCAAUCAUCUUCAGCUGCAUCAUCAUCAUCAUCUUCUUCUUCCAGUGAUACCUCAACUGGGUCUUCAAGUGGCUCUUCAUUUUCGAGCUUUUUAAGCAGUUUAUUUGGUGGAAAUUCAGACUCAAGUACUUCAUCCACUGCAUCAACAAGCUCAACAUCAAGUAGUUCAGGCGGUUCGAGCUUUUGGGAUAGGUUAUCUGGUUUGCUCUCGGGAUCGGGAUCAUCAGAUUCCUCAGCAUCAACUACAGCAGUUGCAACCCCAGCUAAUACUGUUACCCCAUCAACAAGCUCAUCCGAAUUGGGAUUCACUACUUCGUCAUCGCAAGCACAACCAUCCACCUAUUCCUCAUCUUCAUCCUCAUCAUCUCCUUCCGAUAUUUACGCAGCCAUUGCAGAUUCAGAUGACGUUGAUGCUUCGUUUGCCACUGAUAUUUUAGACGCUCAUAACCAAUACAGAGCACAACAUCAAGCUGGUGACUUAGCCUGGGAUGUUGACACCUACAACUACGCCAAGAACAAUGCUGACAAUUACGAUUGCUCAGGUAUAUUGACGCACACCCACGGUCAGUACGGUGAAAACUUGGCAGCUGGUUUCAAAGAUGGACCAAGUGCUGUUAAAGCAUGGUAUGAUGAAGGUGAAACAUAUGAUUAUUCCACUGCCAACGAGUACAAUCACUUUACUCAAGUUGUUUGGAAAGGAUCUACAAAGGUAGGUUGUGCGUACAAAGACUGUAGAAGCACUGGUUGGGGAUUAUACAUUGUAUGCGAGUACGAUCCAGCAGGUAAUAUUAUUGGUUGGAAUAAAGCAAAUGUCUUGCCUUAA